CCCACCCCGGUCUACCGGCAUUUUGCAUCAGCUGUCAAUUCAAACCGGAUUAUUCGGCGGUGUUCACCUGAAAUGGAUAUUUAUUUUACUAAUUUAUUACUGAAUUAGAUUUAAGCAAGUGUCCUUUUGGUUGGAAGAAAUAUUGUAAACUUAUCGGCGUGAAAAACGGCGUUUUGGCGGCUAACCGCGGCUAGCAUCCACCUCAUCACUUCAGUGUAAACCUUUAUAGUGGCUCGUCUUUUUCAAACGGAUUACAAUCCGGAUAUAUCACUUCUUUUAAACCAAGUCUUUUUUUUGGUUUCUUGUGGAACUCAAGUGUAAAGGAAAAAAUCGGAUGUGAGUAUGGUUAUGUAACAUCCCAUAUGUUUCACCUUAUCACAACUAUUUGUGAAUAUUCCCUUUCAUCUCAGUAGCGGAGAGUUGAAUAGCUAGCCGGUUAGCUAGCACAGAGAAAUAAGAGACUUUCAAGACUGUUGAAUAAAGUUGAACACUUCUCUGGAUUCCGUGAAACAUUUCUCCUCCCCGUACCAAACUGCGAAAACUCGUUGGUUUUAUUGUUCAUUUCAUCGGCUACAAUCCCGCGCUUUUUCCCCCGCAUGAUGCACCAGCAGGGCUCGUUUGUCUCGCCUAUUCUGGGCGGUGUGCUGUGCCAGUGCCGCUCCGAGGAGUAUCGGCUUUCCGACCCAGGCGGCGGAGUUAGUGGCGUUGAUGUUGGUGUUAAUACUCUGAUCCCGGCGACGAAAGACGAGCCGCAUGUCUGCGCCGUGUGCGGCGGCCCCGAGCAGGAGCAUCGCCUCAAGGUCCUGUUCCAGAUCCUGGACGUGAACCGAGACGGAGGAAUCUGUGUGAAUGACCUGACGAUCGGCCUGAAGAAACUCGGGCUCCAUCGCACCGAGCACGAGCUUAGGAAAAUUGUGAAAGCCGGUGAUAAGGACUUGGAUGGCCAGCUGGACUUUGAGGAGUUUGUGCAUUACUUGAGGGACCAUGAAAAGAAGCUACGGCUGGUCUUCAAAAGUUUGGACAAGAAGAAUGACGGUCGCAUCGAUUCACAGGAGAUCAUGCAGUCACUCAGAGACCUGGGGGUCCACAUCUCGGAGCAACAGGCUGAGAAAAUCCUCAAGAGCAUGGACAAGAAUGGGACAAUGACCAUCGACUGGAACGAAUGGCGGGACUACCACCUGCUUCACCCUGCAGAAAACAUCCCGGAGAUCAUCCUGUACUGGAAGCAUUCGACGAUAUUUGAUGUAGGAGAGAGUUUAAUGGUGCCUGAUGAGUUCACCGCAGAGGAGAAGAAUACGGGGAUGUGGUGGCGCCACCUAGUGGCAGGAGGCGGAGCUGGCGCUGUUUCACGCACCUGCACAGCUCCCCUCGAUCGCCUCAAAGUUCUCAUGCAGGUACACUCCUCUCGCAUGAACACCAUGUGCAUUGCGAGUGGUUUUUCUCAGAUGAUCCGUGAAGGUGGUAUUCGGUCACUGUGGCGAGGAAAUGGCAUCAACGUCCUCAAGAUUGCACCCGAGUCCGCCAUCAAGUUCAUGGCCUAUGAGCAGAUCAAGCGGCUGAUUGGCAGCAAUCAGGAGACGCUGGGAAUUCUGGAGAGACUGGUCGCAGGAUCGCUGGCUGGUGCCAUCGCGCAGAGCAGCAUCUACCCAAUGGAGGUUCUGAAGACUCGACUAGCCCUAGGAAGGACGGGUCAGUACUCCGGCAUCGCGGACUGCGCCAAACACGUAUUUAAGAAAGAGGGCUUAGCAGCGUUUUACAAGGGCUACAUCCCCAACAUGCUCGGCAUUAUUCCCUACGCUGGAAUAGACCUGGCUGUCUACGAGACUCUGAAAAACUCCUGGCUACAGAGGUAUGCCACAGACAGCGCAGAUCCUGGCGUGUUUGUCCUGCUAGCCUGCGGCACCAUGUCCAGCACUUGUGGCCAGUUAGCCAGUUACCCUUUAGCCCUGGUGAGGACCCGCAUGCAAGCUCAAGCUACAUUGGAUGGAGCACCUCAGAUGUCCAUGAGCAAGCUGUUCAGACAUAUUGUCCGGACAGAAGGUGCGACGGGGCUCUACCGAGGCCUGGCGCCCAACUUCAUGAAGGUCAUCCCGGCAGUCAGCAUCAGCUACGUGGUGUACGAGAAUCUAAAAGUCACACUAGGUGUCCAGUCCCGGUGAGGGACUGCCAGAUCUUUUUCUUUUAGAAUUUUUUUGUUGUUGUUGUUGGGAUGCAAAAUGGACCUGGCGCUGAGGAGAAGGAGACAGGCAAUCUUGGGUGGUGAGAAAACCUGAGGUUUGAGUUGAUGUUCUCAUUCUGUGAAUGCCAGAGGGACCAAGGAGGGUAGGAACAAAGAACACUAAGAGCAAACACUAAGAAUCCAAACCAGAAGGUGGACAUGUGUUAUUACACCCAGGAAUCCUACAUCUCUUUCCUGGACUGUAGUAACCUGUUUCACUACGGACCAAGAAGAUGCACCAUCGUUUGUGGUAUCUUAAGGAGACCUACAGUGUUUAGCUGCUCGUGUGUGCUCUUUUAAUCCAGUAGGUGGCAGUGCUGAAAAGCCAAGGGCUUAAGACCAGACCAAAUCCUACCCUCCGUUCCAUAUAUUUAAGCACUACACUUGUCAUUGUCUUACUUAAUUUAUUGAGAUAGUUCAGGUGUUUAUCUCAUGCAGAACCUUCAGUUUCCUUCACAAACAAACCACAGUCUAUGUAGCUGAUCUAUGAAGAUUUUGAAGCAUUUUUAUUUCAAAACCCAUGAUUGUUUUUUUUUGUUUUUUUUUUUUGUUUUUUUAUCCUUUGUUAAUGUUAUACAUGCUGUAAACAUCUAUUUAUUUAAUUAUUAGAAAGCCGUUAGAAAGACUUCUUAUUUUUUGUGUGUGUGUUUGCCUUCAUUAUCACACACUUGGUAAUUGGCUUAUCAGUUAGAAAUCACGUCCACCAGUCUGGAUAAAGAACUGGUUUAGGUUAAGACAAGUCUCAGUGAUGUUGCUGUAUUUCCUGUAUGGGGUUGAAUAUAUUGCAAAAAUCCAUUCACCCACCCCGUGAUGGGAAUCGAUUCCCUUCAGUUUCGAAUCAAUCGAAUUCAGAAUCAAGUUGCUGUUUUGCACCUUAUGUGAAGCCUUGCCUUUGCAUUUCACUUAGUGUUGUUGUGUUCUUAAUGUGUUUGUGGAUGGCAUCAAUUAGGGGGAAAAAACCUCAGGAAGUUUAAGGUUAUCUAUGGGAUGCUCACAGAAAACAGGGCUGAAAGGGAAAUGUAUUGUAGAGGGAAAAAAAAAAUGGACUAAUGCUCUGCUACACGGUUCAAGGGCCUCGCCUUAAUUUAAUGUUCUCACCGCUCCAAGACAAGAUUAAACACGUUCAUUACUAAUCAAAUGUUAGACAAGGAUGUGGCCCUUGAGGAUGUGUGUUAGACAGCAACUCCAGAAAUGUGUUUUUCCCCCCCUGUCACAUAAUCUAAGAAAGAAAGAAAAAAGAUCCUUAAAAAAAAUGGCAAUAGAUUAACUUUGUACUUUUGGAUUGUAAAUCCUUGUGCAUGAAUGAAGAGUUUAGAGUCGAUCUCCAUCCAAACAGAUAUCGCAUUUAAAACUUGCUCAGGUGUCCCAGCAGCUCCUGUAAGAGAUUACAGCUUUCCUUUAAACCACUGAAAGAUUCUCCAUAGAUGAACGUGUACGAGAUGCUCGAAUAGUUUCUUCUAGGUUUGCGUUAUGUGCUGCUCACAGGCUUUCAAGUCGUGAAAUAGAGCAAGGCAAGUGAAUGGUUUCCUAAUAUAGUGAUUCUAAGGUGGAACAUGAACAGAUUUUUUUUUUUUUUCCCCCAGAAUAAUGUAUGGAUGUAAAGUGGCUUCUAAUUGGCAUGCUUAGUGGUAUAGUGGAGUAUAAAUGGUGCAGGAACCAUACGUGAUUCGGUCUAAGCUCACAUUAGACCAAUCAGUUAUAUCUUUGCACAGCAAAACUAGUUGCAGAUUCACAACCAAAAUAUUCAGGACAGUAUCCCCCCCCCUCCUUUAACUUCUUCCUGUUGUUUUUAUGCAUGUAUUUGUGGUAGAAAUGUGUUUAAUUGAUAAAGCAGAAUACUGAACAGGGCUUUACUAACAGCUUUGCCUCAUAGUGGAUGCCUUCGCUUCUGCUUAUGUUGCAUUUUGCACUUUUCCCUCCCUCGAGGCAACCUGUAUGCUAGAAGUGAUUGCUUAAUUGGUAGAUCGCAGGUGUUUAUAUGGCAAUAGAUUGGUGGUGUACUUCAGUAUUACCAAGACUCGCAUAUACGAGAAGAAUCCACACCGUUAACACGCUGCCUGAUGUGUAUGCUAUGUGGUAGCGCCUUACUUUCAGCAGCCACUGUCUGGUAGCCUUUAUUAAUAUGUACUGCUUUAGCAAACCUGGAAAAUAUGCUAAAAUGCUGCUGUAAAUCCAGGGGAUUGUCUGAGGAUGCAUUUAAACAACUGGAUAUGAUGCAAUGAAGCACUGGUGUGUGGGGGUGUGUGUGUGUGUGUGUGUGUGUGUAUAUAUAUAUAUAUGACUGUGGUCUUUAAUACAAAUGCAAUGACUGGGCUACAUGAGUUUGCUGUUUACAUGUCCAAAAAAAAAAAAGAUGCAUAUCUGAUGAUAAGAAUUGGGGUAAUUCUACCACAAGGCGUAUGUUAAUAUCUGGACUGUAUGUUAAUAUCUGUACCCCAAGGCUAAAGUUGACCCUGUGCAAAAAUGUCAUAAUCAAUACAAAUGUGUAACUGGAGUCUGUGAUGUUCCUGACUGGAUGCCUAAAGUGAAUGAAUGCAGAAUAAGUAUAUUUAUGUUUAUAUAAGAACAAAGUUCAAUAAAGAUAUUCUUAUUUCAA